AUGUUGGGUUUGGAUGGGUUCAGGGGUCCAGAUGAUAAAAGGGACAAAUAUGGAUUCUCUAACUUGCCUGAGCAAAAUACAGAAGAUAUUAGAUCUUCACAAGAGGAUAUUCCACAGUUUGGUGAUGAAGUAUCAAGAGUGCCGUACAUCGGUAUGGAGUUUCAAUCACUUGUUAUUGCAUUUAAAUUUUAUUUUGAUUAUGCUCAUCGUAGUGGAUUUAGUGUGCGCAAAAAUCGAAUCACUAGAUCAAGAAAGGAUAAAUCAAUAAUAGGUCAAGAAUUUGUUUGUUCAAAAGAAGGAUUUCGCUCCAAAAAGAGCCUCGAGAAAAAUAUACAACGAGAUGAAACUAAAGAAGGGUGCAAAGUGUUGAUAUAUUUGUCGAAGAAAGAAGAGGAAAAGUGGGUUGUUGCUAAGCUGGUCUCAACCCAUAAUCAUGAACUUGCUUCUCCACAUAGCCACAAAUUCAUGCAAUCGAAAAGAAAAAAGUCAGAAGCUCAAAAGAAUCUUAUUGAUCCAUUAGACAAUUCAGGUGUUCGUCCUAGUAAAAUUUCAUUAGUAUUAAUUACUCAGGCAGGGGUGUAG